UCAAUUUCAACUUUUUCAGUCGCAUAAAAAUUUCGGCCUCGACACAGCCACCAAUCAUGCACGUGCUACGCGUUUGCACCGCCACCAAUUGAUGCCAAUCAUUGACAGCGACGGAUAACUUCUCCGUUUAGACGGUGAAGUCAUUCGAGCUCGCUUGCAAUCUCAACACAUUCGCGAAAGUUUUCUGGCAUCUGCCUGCUUCAAACAUCUCCCACGGCUGCUGGCGCUUCGUUGACGGAACCAACGGGAUCAUGCCACCUGCUUCAGAAAUUCUUUAUCCUUUUCAUUGUCAUGGACUUGGUUCUGUCCAAGAAGCGACAUUGUUCCAAGCGCCCCAGAUGUCAUAUAAAAAGCAGACGAUCACUGUCUCUUGCUUUCUCCAGCUGCCUCUCUUCUACCUAAGGCUCCUAUUGAUCCCAAAUGGCGACUUCUCCGCAAGCACCCCAUGUCAGCUUCAGAAUCCGUAGCCAGAUCAAGCCAAAUCCUCUCACUUCGCAUAAUAGUCCCAUCCGCAACAGUCCCAUCCGCAAAGUGCUCCUGGACAGCAGCACGCGCCGGUCGCGCAAAUCCAUGAAGCGAAAGCUAGUUCUGUUUUGGAAACGUCUCACUGCACCGAAACAGGCCCGACGGUCACUCAGGUUCUCCUACAUGCCAGCUGAUUUUGUCCUGGCCUCGAAGACCUCGAUUUCACAAACUGAAUGAAUGCGAUUUGAAUCGGAAUCGGUUACUUGUAAAUAUAUACCCGUGUAUCAAAAGACAUCCCUCGCGGUGGCAAUUCGCCUUCAUGCUCUAUACUCACACGGAGUAUAUUUACGUUUGGUUGAGGAUGAGUUGUGGCGUCUGACCGAGUCCCGACUCGAAUCAAGACAAAUCAUGAUUUGAUGAUUCGAAAGAUCCAUUUGUCGGUUCCGUACAUAUUCCUUCUUAGCUCGUGUUUGCAAAACUGCCGCUCAAGUCAUCUCCUUACGCACGUCUCAAAGCGUCCCAAUCGUCGGAAUCCGCUUCAUCCUCAGCUUCGAUUCGGGAUUGGCUUGCAUCCACAUCAGCGUCGACGUCCGCCCACACGAUGGACAAUGAGGAGUCGAUAUUCCAAUCAAAAACCACCUUCGAGUCAUGGCCCCCAUCUGAGGACUGGGAGGGUGCCAUGGACUAUGCGCGGGAUGUAUUGAUGAAAGGAAAAGUCAGCCACCGAGUGCGGUUUUUAAACGAGCAGGUUUUCACGUUGUGUGCUGGUGACUCUCUGGGACCCAGAGAAGAGGCCGAUAUACUACUUCUUCUUACGACAAUCUCUCCUCGGUACAACGACGUUGAAUCUCGAGCCGCCGUCGAGCGCGUUGCACUAGCACUUGUGCGCCGCGAUCCGACGGACGAUGUGGCAAACCAUAUCAUCAGGUGGCUUGGAGCACAGACUGAGCAUACUGUCGUGCCCAGCGAUCUCUUCGCUCUUGUUUCGUGGUCGUGCGCCCUUCUACCUGUGGUUGUCGAUAAGCCUUCGCUGAACGAUCUGGUCCGAGUGCUGGCCGGGCUUUUGGACACUAUGCUGGGUUCGGAACGUGCAAAACCAGCUAUGCGUAUUGGUGUGAUUACACGUGUCAGACGGACGUUACGAGGUGUAUCCAAUGACCUUCCCCGUAUCAUACAACUCCUCCUCGAUAUGCGCGCUAUUCCCUUCCUCGGUAUCGCGAUCGAUGUUGUCGUCCAUCUCAGGACCCCUGCCCCACUUCCCUCGGAGCUCCAGGCCGCUGUUCUAGAAUUCUAUUGCGAAUCAAUCAUCGAGUCCAGGGUCGCGCUACCUACCCACGUUCUUAAAGCAUUGGAUCUGUUCGUCGGAACUUACGUGGAUGAAAAAGCUUUCGAGAGCGUGGUCAUGCCAGCACUAGAACGGGCUCUUUCAAGGAGUCUCACUGUUGGUCAGUCUCUGGCCCCCGGGCGUUUCUCGGCGCCUACUCCGGGCUUGUGCCGUUCUCGGCGUUCCACAAGCUGACGUCUCUUGUUCUGUCGCUAUCCCGCGGCGUCAAGGACGCACCCUCCGUGAAAGACGUGGUCGGACUUUUCAAAGUCAUCCUUGCGCGCCUCCCGCCAGACGAAGAGUUAAACAAAACCAUCGAGGAAUUGGUUGCGCUGCCCAAAACGCGGAAAACCGCAAGCGGCUGGCAUCGUGCAGCGUUGUAUGGCAUGCUAGUCGAGUGUCUGUCUGUCUCUGUAUCAGACGAUCUCGUGCUUACCCUCGCGGGCCUUCUGGCAUCUGAAACCGCACCGGAAGCAGCUGAGCCACUGGGGCUGGUUCUCGAACGAGCACUACUGAUCCAACUGUCGUCCUCAUCUCCGAUAAAAGCUAUCUCGGAUACCGUCGCCAAGGGCUUGACCACCAAAUCGGGACCUGCCGCGGUCCGCAAAGCAUGGUGGACAGUCGCUGGAGGUGUCAUUUGGAAUGCACCAUCCAACUACGAACCUUUCGCGCUACCAUUGCUCCCGGUGCUCGAUGCUGCGAUCGGAGCUGUCGGAAACGGGGUGAGUGCGAAAGAGGAUGUUCUCUGGGAGGGCUGUAUUGCUGCCGCUUGCGCAUUGCGGCUGGGGGAGGCGAAAACAACCGCCCACGUCAAAACUUUGUUAGCGCCAGCCGGCGACAAGCCUGUGUGGCUAUUCAAUGAGCGCGUCUAUACACGCGUCGAAGAUGGUCUAUGGUAUGUCCGCGCCUUGCAGAGUGUCUGGUCGGUCUCCAAAUCACGCACCCGUCUUGGUCCGCCUCUGCUCCACUUCGCACUACGCCCCGAUAAAACAGUGCGCGCAUUGGUCCUCGACGUCUUGCGAAAUAACAACAAGGCGGGGUCUGGAGCUGUUGUCCGCGCGGGGGUGCUGGCCUACGUGACCAAGCCGCGUGAAGCUGGCUUCGAAGGCCGACUGGCGUCAUUUCUCGAUGCGGGAUUGCACGAGAACGAAGACGAGAUUGUCCAGGCCGCAGUUCUAUGCCACCAUAUCCUGACUAACCCUCGAAACAAGCAAACCUGGAUCGAAAUCUGUCAGAGGUCGAGUUUGGACCCACGGGAUGUAGUAGUCAGGAACUGGGAUGCACUGAUGAAGAUCCUGCUGGAUGCCACAGACGAGGAUGUCAAGACUGGACUGCCAGAAGCAGCAUACGCAACUGCGACGACACUCGUAUUUGUUGCUCCAGACAUCGCACUGCCCAAAAUUGUCGCACAGCUCGAGUCGGAUCUCGAUGCCGCCACAGUCAGGGGACUGACGGCUGAGGAACUCGGGAUGUGGAGAACGGAGGAAGGUGUCACUUUUGUUGACGUGCUUGCCUCUACGAAAACGACCACCAAAGCACCCCAAAAAGGGAAAGAUGCCGAGAUCGCUCGCUGGGAAGCGGAAGUGCGCGAGAGCCAGCUGAAAAAGACAACCACCCUGAACAAAGCGCAACAAGCCCUGAUUCAGACACAACUUGCCCUGGAAUUGACCGUCCGCAAACGAGUCUCGCGCAUCCAACAGAACAUACUGCGCGCCCUGGCUUUGAUUCGGAGCAUUGUUUCUGCGAGCGUCCCCGAGUUCCGGUUGUACAUAUCCCAGGUCGUUAGGAUCUUGCUGGAUGGUGCUCUGAAUCCACAAGGAAAUAGCGCAGAGUUGGUUGGGAACAAGGCGGUGGACACAUAUUUGGAUCUGGCGAAAGCCUGCUCAGACCGACUGGACAGCUUCCGCAUGUGGAUCGGCGUGGCCACGUUGCGCAGCUUGAGGCUGGACACGGUUCCAGCCGAGCUCACCGCUGAACCCCUGAAUUUGCUCCUGCUGCGAGUCCUGCACCGUCUUCGCUCUUUAUCAGAGCAGACAGCCUUUGAUGCGGCGACCUAUGCAUACAUCUUUCCUCUGAUCCGCCAGGUCCUCGCUGUCGGCGGAAUUGACGCGGAGGAAGAAGAUGAGACGCUGGAGCAGCUCAUGCUUUCGCUGGAUAUCAUCAAGUUCCACUCUGCUGAAUGUAUGUGUCCGACACACACACUCCCUCAUUUGUGGCUCAAACAAUAGGGAACAGACCUCGAUCCGACGUUCCCCCGGAAGGAGACACUGGAGAUCCUCCUGCGCACGAUCCGAUUGGUGCCAAAGCUGAGGCAAGACGCGUCGUCGGCACUGAUCGACACGGCCAACUCCAGCACCGCACGUGCAGAAAUUGCGGUGCUGAUCACAGGACUGUUGCUUCCGGAGGUGUACUCGCGGAAUGCGUGCUUACUCGCGCUGCAGCCUCUGGACUUGACGGAGCUCGACUGGAGCGUCGAGCUGUGGAUCGCCUGCCACGACGAAGACGAACAGAAUGCAAGGCUCGCGAGACACGUCUGGGACGACAACGGACUGGACGUGCCAGAAUCGGCAUUCCUAGCGGAGCUACUGCCUUUCCUGAGCCACGAGACGGCGUACGUCCGGAACGCGGCGGCAUCGGCGAUUGCUGAGUCGGUGGAGCUGUACCCGCAGGCCAUGGAGGCGACAUUGGCGGGGAUCCAGGCGUACUACCGAGAGAAGGCGCGCUUGCUGGCACCCGAGUUUGACCAGUACGGAAUGGUCAUCGCAGACACACUCGACCGCGCGGAUCCGUGGCCGGCCCGGGUCGCGAUAUCGAAGACGUUCGAGCUGCUUUCACCGCAGUUGCCAGAAGACCGCGUCACCUCGUUCUUCGAGUUCCUGAUCGACGACGAGGCACUCGGAGACCGAUCGGCGCUGGUCAGAAAGGGCAUGCUCGCGGCGGGGACCAGUGUGAUUGAUCUGCACGGUGCAGCGCGCCUCGCGUCUCUGAUCGAGAUGUUCGAGUCGCACCUCGGGAAGCCGAGUCCUGCCACAGAGACCGGGGACCAGAUCAAAGAGGCCGUGGUAAUCUUGUUUGGACGUGUUGCGCGGCAUCUGGACUCCACGGAUCCUCGCGUGCCGUCGAUCGUCGCCCGGCUCGUCGAAGCGCUCAAGACACCCUCCGAGCCGGUGCAGAUGGCGGUGUCCGAAUGCUUGUCGCCGCUUGUGCAGAUCAUGGGCGAUCCGAAGCAGCUGGUCGACGAGCUCUUCGAGCAGCUCGUGAGCUCCCCGAAAUACGCAGUGCGGCGCGGCGCGGCCUAUGGCCUGGCGGGCGUCUUGAACGGCACGGGCAUCGUGGGGAUGAAGAAGUUCGAUGUGAUCCCGCGCCUGAAGAACGCGGCAGAAGACAAGAAACACUUUGAGCCGAGGCAGGGCACAAUGUUUGCUUUCGAGACGCUCUCGACGACCCUGGGACGUCUUUUCGAGCCGUAUAUCACAUACGUCCUGCCGCUGCUGCUGACGUCAUUCGGCGACGGUACAGCCGAUGUGCGCGAGGCCACCCAAGAUGCGGCGAGAGUGAUUAUGGCCAACAUGUCAGGAUAUGGUGUCAAGCUUAUCCUGCCCUCGCUCCUGUCGGGGCUUGAUGAGAAGCAGUGGCGCACGAAGAAAGGAAGUAUCGAGCUCCUUGGGAUGAUGGCGUAUUGCUCCCCGCGACAGCUCUCACUCUCGCUGCCCAUCGUGAUUCCGCGUCUGACGGACGUGCUGACGGACUCGCAUGCCCAGGUCAGAGCUGCGGCAAACAAGAGUCUGAAGCAGUUCGGCGAGGUAAUCGAGAACCCGGAGAUCCAGAACUUGGUUCCGGUGCUGUUGAAGGCGUUGGUGGAUCCAGGCAAGACCGCUGCUGCCCUCAGCUCGUUGCUCAAGACCUCGUUCAUGCACUACAUCGACCAUUCUUCACUCGCUCUGGUUGUGCCGAUUCUGGAGAGAGGCCUCCGAGAACGGGGGCCGAUAUAAAGAAGAAGGCGGCCCAGAUCGUCGGCAACUUGGCAUCGUUGACGGACUCGAAAGAUUUCGUACCGUACCUGAACAAGCUGCUCCCGAUGGUGCAUCAGGUUCUCGUCGAUCCCGUGCCCGAGGCACGUGCGACCGCAGCCAAGGCAUUGGGACGUUGGUCGAGCGACUCGGGGAGGGCCAUUUCCCGGAUCUCGUGCCUGGAUUGCUGCGGACGCUCAAGACGGAUACAUCCGGUGUCGACCGACAGGGUGCUGCCCAGGGCCUGAGCGAGGUGCUCUCGGGGCUGGGCAUGGAGCGCCUCGAGGGUCUGCUCCCCGACAUCAUUGCCAACGCGCAAUCACCGCGAGCGACUGUGCGCGAAGGAUUCAUGUCGCUGCUGGUGUACUUGCCUGCGACGUUCGGGACCCGCUUCCAGCCGCACCUGCCGAAGAUCAUCGCCCCGAUUCUGAGCGGGCUGGCUGAUGUCGAAGAAUACGUCCGCGAGGCCGCGAUGCGCGCCGGACGCAUGGUUGUCACCAAUUACUCGACGCGGGCCAUUGACCUGCUGCUGCCGGAGCUGGAGCACGGCAUGUUCGACCCGGGCUGGCGCAUCCGACAGUCGUCAAUCACGCUUGUCGGCGAGCUGUUGUUCAAAGUUUCAGGGAUCUCGGGCAAGCCGUCUGACCUGGACGACGAGACCGAGGAAGAUGCGGCCGGGGCGACAGCUGAAACGUCCAAGAAGGCUCUGGUCGAAGUGCUUGGCAUGGAGAGACGAGAUCGGAUCCUGGCUGCGCUGUACUUGGUCAGGCAGGAUGGCGUGGUCGUUGUGCGCCAGGCCUCGAUCCAGAUCUGGAAGGCCCUUGUCAACAACACGCCAAGAACUGUCCGAGAGAUUCUACCAGAGCUGAUUCGCCAAACUCUUGUGCUUAUCUCGAGCGAUGAGCCCGAGCAGCAAGAAACCGCCGAGAGAACAGUCGGUGAACUGUGCCGCAAGUUCGGCGAGCGCGUGCUGACGGAAAUGAUGUCGAUUCUGAAAACCAGUUCGACGUCCCUGGACGCGAGGACGCGUGAAUCGGUCUGUCUCAUGGCAAGCGAGAUCCUCGAAAACUCGACCGACGCACAAAGAGAUGGACACGAAGACGCGCUCAUUGCCAUCGUGCGCGACUCGCUGGUCGACGACGAGGCCAACGUUCGGUCUGCGGCAGCGCGCGCAUUCGACAUGCUGCAGGAGCAUCUCGGUGCAAAAGCGAUCGACCAGACGAUUCCCACGCUGCUGGAUGCGCUGCGGCAGCCGGGCCGAGCGUCCGGGACUGCACUGAGUGCGCUGAGGGAGGUGAUGAGCGUGCGGGCGACGACGGUGUUCCCGGUGCUGAUUCCCACGCUCACGAGUCUGCCGAUGACGCUGUUCAACGUCAGGGCCGUCGAGGCCCUGGUGGCUGUGGCCGGCCCCGCGCUCAGCAGGCGACUGGGAGUGAUCACUGGUGCCUUGGUAGCCACGAUGGAAACAGACCCCGACCUCGCCGAGGCCGUCGAUGACGCAUUCAAGGCCAUCUUCUCGUCGAUCAACGAUUCGGAGGCCUUGAACACCCUGAUGAUGAUCUUGCUGGGCUGGACCAAAAACGAGAAGCCGCGCCGGCGAGUGAGUGGCUGUGUGCUCUUCGGACUGUUCUGCCAGGAGUCGCAAAUCGAUUCUUCGCUCUACCGAGUCGACUGGGUGCGUCAGCUGGUCUCGCUCCUCGAGGACUCCCAAGUCGAGGUCCAUACUGCUGCAUGGACCGCAUUCGACAUCUUUGUCAAGUCGCUUCCCAAGGACGAGCUCGAGCCGCUGGUCGUGCCUCUCCGGAGAACCAUCGAGGGCACAGGGGUCCCCGGGCACCACGUGGCCGGCUUCAGUCUCCCCAAAGGCGUCGCACCGACUGUUCCGAUCAUAAUUGCCGGGCUCACCACCGGCAACAACGAGCAGCGCGAAAACGCAGCCUAUGCGAUUGGGGAUCUCGUGGACCGAACGGAGGAGGCGGCGAUCAAGCCGUAUGUUGUUCCAUUCACUGGUCCGCUGAUCCGUGUGGCCACCCAAGCAACGGCGUAUCCGCCUGGCGUCAAGACGGCCAUUUUGACUGCACUGAUGGCCAUGCUGGAGCGGAUUCCGAUCUUCGUCAAGCCGUUCUUCCCUCAAUUGCAGAGGACGUUCGUCAAAAGUGCGAGUGAUCCGUCUAGCGGAGUCGUGCGAAAUAAAGCGGCGAUGGCUCUCGGUGUUCUGAUGCGCAAUCAGCCCCGAGUUGAUCCGGUCAUCACUGAACUCUUAACUGGUGUGCGCACGAGCGACGAUCAGAUCGGCGCCAGUCUCGUGCUGGCCCUGGCGAGUGUCGUGAAGAAUGGCGGGCAGAAUGUCGGAGAAAAGGCAAAAGAGGCCUGCAUCGAGCUGCUUAUGGAGCAAUUCAGGGAGCCGCAUGAGGACACGUACGCUCAAGCCGUGGGCGAGCUGCUCUGUGCGCUCAGCACUGAGCCCGACCUGAUCCGCCCUGUUGUCGAGUCAUAUCUCGUCGGAGGCACCCCGGCGACCAUCAUGUCCUCCUAUACCAUCCUCGCACUGCUCAGCGCAGAGGACGCCGAAGAAAAUGUCUUCCAGACGCUCGGACUUCUCAAAAGCGUAGCCCAAAAGGUCCAGGAGAGUGCGGCCAGUGAUCGCAUAUUCGUAGCCCGUCCAGCAAGGGAGGCCCGCGAUCUAUUGAAGGCCCUAGAGGAAGACUAGUUACGUAGCUGUAUGCAGAUGUAAUCUAAUCUGAUCGGCAUAGCCACAUCGAAUUGAUUUUGCUUGAA